CCCAACAUCUCGGCCUCGGUGCUCAUUUCCCCGGUUCCCCUCCGUGUUCCUCCUCCUCAUCGCCGGCUUUGCGAGCGGUGAUUCGACUCAGCCACGAUGUUCUUCCUCCAAGUUCACUCAGUGGAUUCCGACCACCCUCUCUCCUCCCAAAUCACCUUCUCAACUGUCCAAUCCAACAGAGAUUCAAGCCCUUGUCCUAAAUUCAGCGAACGCAGAGGCGUACUGCAUUUGUUCAGAAGCAUAUCGCACUCGUCGCUUCCGAAUCCUACUUCUCGCUCCUCUCUCGUUUUUAUAGUUGCCGUACCCAACUACCUGUCCUACGAAGACUUGAUUCGGUUUUGUGAAUCCCACAUCGACCAUGUGUCCGAGCUUCUCUUCAUCAGGAACGAUGGGAUGGAAGAUCGGUAUAGUGUGUUGAUUAGACUUGUUGAUCAGCGUACAGCUGAUGGAUUUUAUAGUAAUUUUAAUGGGAAGAGGUUUUCUCCUGGCGAGGCUGAGCUAUGUCACGUUCUGUUUUUGCAUUCUGUGGAGUAUACAGAAUCUGCAGAAGUUGCUCGAACUCCUCCUGGAGGCUGUACUGAAAUACCAACUUGCCCAGUUUGCCUUGAGAGACUAGACCCUGAAACAAGUGGAAUACUCAGCACGUUGUGUGAUCACUCAUUUCAAUGCCCUUGUGUUUCUAAAUGGACUUAUUUGUCCUGCCAGGUCUGCCGAUUUUGUCAACAGCAAGAUGAGAAACCAAACUGUUUUGUCUGUGGAACGGGAGAAAAUCUUUGGGUUUGCAUCAUAUGUGGAUUUGUUGGAUGUGGAAGAUAUAAAGAAAGACAUGCUAUACGUCAUUGGAAAGACACGCAGCAUUGCUAUUCUCUUGAUUUAAGAACGCAACAAAUUUGGGAUUACGUAGGUGACAAUUACGUUCAUCGAUUGAACCAGAACCAGUCUAAAUUUGAUGGCAAGUUGGGGGAGAUGAAUUCUCAUUGUAGUUCACAGGAAGGAGAUUGUGGUAUAUGUGAAUACAAUGAAGAUUUAGGAAUUGAUGGAGCCCUAUUUAGCAGCAAAGUUGAAGCAAUUGUGGAUGAAUAUAACCAUCUGCUAGCAACUCAGUUGAAGACUCAAAGACAAUAUUAUGAAUCCUUGCUAGUUGAGGCUAAGAGCAAAGUGGAAAGUUCAAUAUCUGAAGCAGUGGACAAAGCUGUGGCUUCUAGAAUGCAGGACAUGCAAUAUGACCUGGAAAAGUGUUCAGAAGAGAAAAAUGCGGUUGCUGAUGUCAAUAGGAAUCUCAUUAAAAGUCAAGAGAUGUGGCGAAACAAGGUUAAAGAAGUUGCGGAGAGGGAAGCCAUGGCAAUGAAGUUGAGGGAUGAGAAAAUCCGUGAUCUGGAAGAACAGAUUAGGGAUCUCAACGUCUACAUAGAAGCUCAAAAAACAAUUGAUAAGAUGGAGGAUUCAAAUGGGGUUAAGGAGGGAACGCUCUUACCAGUGGCAUAUCAGCAGUCUUCUUCAGGCAAGACGAAAAAGAACAGAAAGUCUGGUCGAAGACGGAAUUAGUUGGUAAUCAAACUAGGUCCAAGGAGAGUCCUGCUAAUGGCACCGGCUUUGCCUCACCUUUCAUCUCUCCAUCGCGGCAUUGUAAAUAUGGUAUCUGUGAAUACUGCUUUCUUGCUCGGCUUGCACUGUAAUUAGGUAUAACUUUUGUAAUACCAUUGUGAUGUUGAUAAUAGCACUCCAAUGAAACGGACAAAUUAAGCCAUUCGAAUAAACUAUCACAAAAGUUCUCAGGAAGCGUACUUGUUGGGAG